CCGAGCUGCCGGACCAGCGGGCCUGCCGCCUCCACCGCCCAGUCCCUGCUCAGGUGUCACUGUUGCUGGCAGGCCGAGAUUAGGGAAGGAGAGUGGGCAAGGGGUCGCGGCCUGGAGGAGAUGGGCUGUACCACGCCACCCCUCUGUGGCCUCCGAACGCGGACCCCGCACACACCCCCGCGCCUGUUUGGCAAGCGUGCCUUGUCGGCUGGGUUAAGCCGCAGUUCAUUCGACACCCGCUUGGUGCUGCCGGUGCGGGCAGAACCUUGGAGCCCAAAGCGGAUCCCCACACUUGUCCCUCCGGUCGGAAAGAAAGUGAAGGAGAGACUGUCAGGCGCGCCAGGGCUGAGAGUGAUAGUGGUCCAAAUGCUUCUUCCUGGCCCGCCUGCUGCGCCACAGAGUCUCAAAAGGCCCGUCUCUCUCUACCAGAAGGUCACCUCCACGCAGCCCCUCUCCCUGAACAACUGCAGCACCCGAGGACUGGCAACAUGGUUGGAGCUUUUGGGGGUAAUUAUGAGGAAAUCUGAAAAAAUGUAUUACCCUUCAUCCUUCCUGUUUUAUUUCCAAAGUCCUUCAGUAUCAGGGUUUUUCUAUUUCCUCAAUUGGACCACGGGUCCAAUAAAUGGUUUAAGACACCCACCUGCGCACCGCCCCCCCCCACCCACAACAGACACACCACACACACAAAGAAAAGAUAAACAAGUUUAGGGAGCUGGGAGAUGGAGCCAGGACAAGUGU